GAAUAAAACGUGGUCAAAAGAGUGGCGGACCUGCUGAGUUCUUACUACGGCGGACUCACAAGGAAAGUUUAAGAGCUUAUUCAAGCACCUGCAGAAAUAAUCUGAAGCACCACUUAUCUUGUAAGUAAUACAUAAAGUGACAGAAGCAUACACAAAGAACAAGACGUCAGCAUGACAGUGGCUAGAGCUAGGGGGGAGUGCAAGCCUCUACCAGGAUGGCUGAGAUUCUGCUUCUAUGGGAUGCAUGGUUUCCUGGAUGAAAUCGUCUUCACCUCCCUCUUUGACUUUUACCACACCAAGGACUGGUCCCUGAAGGGUCACUCGUCCAUCUACUCCUUUUUCAUCUACGGCCUGUGCAGCUUCCUGGUGGAACAUCUGUACAAGUGGCUCUACUACAAACACGGAGUGCCAAGGUACGUGCGCAUCCCCAUAUACAUUGCCAUAACGUACUCGUGGGAGUUCACCACCGGUUUCAUUUUACGCCAGUUCGACGCAUGCCCGUGGGAUUACACACAUUAUGAUUACGAUUUCAUGGGUCUGAUCACCUUGGAAUACGCUCCAGGCUGGUUGCUGCUGGCUUACUGGCAGGAUGUGGUCGCAGAGUUUCUUAUUAAUUUACGCAUUUCAUGCACGUGUUUCCCUGCUGGCGAUGUGGCCUCUGCAGAAGAAAUGUCUGGGGAAAUUGAGCCUGAGGAUAAGCCACAAAAAAGAUUGAAAUCUCAUAUUAAAUCCAGUGUAAAAUCCUCUGGCUAGACAUUGGAACCAGUAUUACAAUGUUCUUCUUGUUGGGCCCAGUGAAAUUUUAUCACUUUAAAUUAUCUAUUUACAUUUUAAACUUGUUGAUUUAAUGUUGUACACAUAUUUAUUAAUUAUCUUUCCAUAAAGUUUACAACAGGUUUAUGUCUAUUUAGUGUUUGUCUGUUUUCUUUCAAUAUACAGGGAUGCCAUAUUCAUCAAUGAGUGUAGUCCACAAUUUUAAAGAUCACUGGAAUUGCUGUAGUAGUAAUUAUAAUUAGACAUAAUAUUUUCUCUGUAUUUCAGCCUGUCUGUUUAUAUAGUUUUUUGUCAGUUUAUUUUUUCGUAUAUUAUGUAUCAGUUGUGCAGAAAAAACAAGCCAGAAAUAUGGAAUUCAUAAUUUUUAAGGUAUUUGGUGGAAGGACUUAAUUGGAACUGUUUGAGACAUCCUAAAAUUGUAGUGAUAUGUUAGAAAAAAAUCUGUUAAAAUAUCGGGUCCAGCAAUGUUGUAUGGUGUGGAAUGUGCAGUCAGUAGUUGAUUGGUUUUCAGUACUGUUACACACAGUCAGAAUUUUAAUCAUGUUUUUUAUGUGCCAUCUUUGACUUAAAGAAAAAGAAUUUGGUAAUUUUGCAUAAUAAAAAUAUGUCAUCCAUUAACAUUCAUUCAUAAUAUUUGGUUUAGCAAGUAGCUACUGAAAUUGUGCCAAAUCAAAAUGUUGAGUUAUAACAGUGUGCCUAAAUGAAUGUUUUGAUUCAACCAGUUGUUUUAAACUAAGAUGAAGGUGGAAUUGAAUGUGACUCUCAUACUGGGUCUUUUGUAAUGAAAUGAAGGUCAUAGCGAUCUUAAGUCACAAGGCAUUCUUCUGAAUAAGCAAAACUGAUGUUCAUAAUGUCACACAGACAACUCAACAUGAGUGGUGACAUAAGUGAAAACUUGACCUCAGUUUACCCUAAAAAGGUAAAAAAUUGUGACCUCUUUUUCAAAACAUGAAACAUUUUUUUAAUCAAUCCCAUUUCAUUCUUUAACUUGGUUUUAUGCAUGUGUUUGUGUGUGUGUUUUCUUUUAUGUGUGUUGUGUGUGUGUGUAUAUGUCUAUAUUAUAAAAUUUGAAGCUUUUUGAAAGCUGAUAAAUCUUAAAUUACAGUGUCAUACCCUAUAUAUUACUGUGUAAUAAUAUCAGUGUUGAUUUACUACUUGUAAUUUUUAUACACUGAAAAACAGAUAGACCCCCUUUGUAAUCAGAUUCAAUGGCAAUAUAAGGAAUAGGCAUAACAUACUUAGUAGUAAGAAUGAUCGUAAAUUGUUAAACUUAACAAGUAGUUGUAAGUUUACCAUUAAUGGAGUCUUUUAAGGAAAACUUCAGUAGACUUAAUUAUUUCUCAUGGUGAUAUUUCUUUUUUUAUUCAAUACAAUGAAAAUCUCAUUCCAUAAAGUUACCUGUAUACGUUUUCACAUUUUUUUGUAUUUUUUUUCUCAAUUUAUUUUACAUAUAUUUAGAGUUAUAUUUCCUCAAGGUACAUAUCCCUUAGUGGUUUCUUUAAAAUAAAAACAUUUCAUUGGAUGAAUAUUAACUGAUUUUUAAUUGUAUGCAUAUAUUUAAUAUAUUUAAUUGUAUGCAUAAAUUGUUAUCAUCAUGUUUUUUUGAAAAAAGCAUUUUACUCUGCAGGAUUAUUGAAUUUCAUAAUGCUUGACAUGUGAUAAGACCUCGAGUCUACUUAAUUAGUAUUUAAAGCUGUCAUAAUAAGAAAGGCUCUUAGCGUCAGGGUGAUAUAGCAUGUAAGUUACACCUCACUUUUUUCUGCUACUGUAAUAUGACAUUGUGCUGUAGAUAAUGUGCACUAUAUGCAGCAGAUGAAUGCUUUGUAUUUGACAGUCAAGUGUGGUGCACAUGUGCUAAAACUCUGCACAGUUUCAAAAUAUGGUCUUCAGGCAAGGUGCACAACUACAAUAGAUUUUUUUUUUUUGGAAAGCCUACCAGUCCAAUGUCACUUAUAAUUUUGAAUUUUCAUAUACAUCUACGAGAAGAACAAUUUAAUAAAUUACAUUUGUCAGUUAGGUGUAGACUGACAUGAAAUGUCA